UAAAGUAAACGUAAACAUACUCGUUGUCACAAAAGAUCGUUAAUUAUCAUAAGUAUUCAGUCAUGAAUAUCCAAAGAUUGAUGCUUUUAAAAUAUAAACCACGAUAUUUAACACACAAAGUUGUUUUUGGCACACACAAUGAAACAUGUCCGGAAUAUAUGAAGCAAUUUGAUAAACCUGGAAAUGGAUCACUCAAACGAGCGGAAAAAUCUGGUAAAGUACGCCUUGGAUUCGUACCUGAAGAGUUUUUUGUAUUCUUCUAUCCGAAAACCGGAGUCACGGGACCAUAUCUUUUUGGUAUUAUGCUUUUAAACUAUUUGGUUAGUAAAGAAAUAUAUGUUAUGGAGCAUGAAUAUUAUAUUGGUUUGUCCGUACUUGUUAUUGUUUGUUAUGGUACUAAAAAACUCGGUCCCCUGGCGGCUGCUAGCUUGGAUAAAGAAGUAGAUAAAGUAGAAGCAAGUUAUAAUUCAGCUAGAAAAGAAGAAGAAUCUACAUACGAAACUAUAAUUAAAAAUGGUAAAACAGCACAAUUGAGAGCGAAUGGACAAAAGUUACUUAUUGAGGCUAAAAAAGAAAACGUCGCAAUGCAACUUGAAGCAAAUUAUAGAGAAAGGUUAAUGCACGUUUAUAAUAGUAUCAAACGUCGUUUGGAAUAUCAUGUUAAAUUAACAAGAGUAGAAACUAAUAUUCAUCAGAAGUGGAUGUGUGCUUGGAUUUUAGACAACGUUUUAAAGUCAAUAACUCCUGAAAUCGAGAAGAAAAUUAUUAAUGAAGCUAUUGAAAACCUAAGCAAACUAGCUAGUCAUGCGGGAAAUAAAUAAAAUCUUUUCAACUGAAUUUUUUAUUUAAUUAUGUUUUAUGUUAUUGAAUUAUUGUUUUUAAUUUUGCAUGAAAUUAAUUACAAACACGAAUGAUUACAAUUUACUUGUCAAUGCAAAGGAGUCAAGAAGGCUUUAUGUUUCCAAAGGCAGAAUUUGUUAUUAGUUUAUUUUUAUUAGAUUUAGUAAAAUGUCAACUACAAUUUAAUUUUAGUUCAACAACAUCACGUAGUACAACUAUAAAUGAUCUUAUAUUCUAUAAUCCCGAAGUUCUUUGUAAAUUGCAGCCCAUUGCAUAUGACUGUAAUAAAAGUGGUUAUAAUAUACCACGGUAUUAUUAUGAUGUUAAAUUAGAGGAUUGCAAAGCAGGUUCCUUUGGCAAUGAUUGUGAAUACAAUCUUAAUCAAUUUAAAUCUAUAAAAGCAUGUCACAGCACUUGUCGACUGUCAGGUUUAGACCCGAUCGAUUAUAAACUUCCAUUUGAGAUAUCUUGUAGACUACAACCUGAUUUUGGCGUGUGUAACAGUUAUCAUCCUAUGUGGUACUUUGAUAUGACAACGAGGACUUGCAAAGGUUUCUCGUACAGCGGUUGUGGAGGUAACAUGAAUAGAUUUCAUAGCAGUCGCCUCUGCACAAAACGAUGUCGAUCACUUGUCGAAUGAUUAUGUGAAAUAAAGGUUUGUGUCAUGUGU